AUGAAGGCGGUUGCUAUGCCAACGGUGUCGCGAGUGGCGGUUUGCGGCGGUACCCAUGGCAAUGAGCUUGCAGGCAUCUAUCUGGUGAGGGAGAUGCUGAAGAAGCGGGCGGAUGGGACAGAGCCGGUUUCCGUGGUAACGGUGAUGUCGAACUCGCGUGCCGCGCAGCUGUGUGUGCGUUAUGUGGAGACGGACCUGAACCGCUGCUUCACGCGAGCCGCGCUCAGCGCACCCGUCUCCGAGACCUCGCCGUACGAGAUGAUCCGCUCUCAGGAGCUCAACGCUCUUCUGGGCCCUAAAGCAAGCGCGCAGGCAGUCGACCUGCUGUGUGACCUGCACAACACCACUGCAAACACAGGGCUGUGUCUCAUCACAUACUCCGACCACGACUGGAUCUGCCUGCACAUCUGCAAACACCUGCAGAGAGAAAUGGCCUCCACUCCUGUCAGAUACGUUCACUUUGAUAUUCCUCUCAAUGAAGCCUAUUCUCUGGAUUCAGUGGGGAAGCAUGGAUUUGCGAUGGAGAUUGGGCCACAGCCUCACGGCGUCGUCAGGUCUGCGAUAUUCAGCGCCAUGCAGGAAGGAGUUCAGCUGAUGAUGGACUGGAUCUGUCAGUUCAACUCAGGGAUGCUGUUCGAAGGAGGAUGGGUUGAUGUGUACACAAUGGUGAAGAAUAUCGACUAUCCACGAGACUCUGAAACGCACGUGAUCACGGCCGCGGUCCAUCCCGACCUACAGGAUAGAGAUUUCUGCCUCCUUCACCCCGGAGACCCCAUGUUCCUGUGUUUCUCAGGGGAAACGCUGCGCUACAGAGGGAAAGAAGCACUCUAUCCAUUCUUCAUAAACGAGGGUGCGUACUAUGAGAAGGGUGUCGCUCUUUCCCUCGCUAGGAAGAGAAGAGUGCAGAUUCCUUCAGUCCGCUCAGAAACGCUGAGAUGAAGGAACACAAGCAUGAACAUGAGCUCAAGACGAGUUUAUUACUGAUGCCAGGGAACACUGCAUGUGUGAAAAACAGCCAACUUUAAGAUAUUCUGAAAAACAUACGUCCACUGUGUAAAUAGUGCACAGAUGAUGUUUUUAUUAG